AUGGCCGACAAAGCGAUUGAACUUGUGGCUGAACGAUGGCCGUUGAUUGUCACGGCCAUUCUGGCCUGCACUAUUACUUUGUUCGUUCCGACCCUCAAGCGCAAGGCGGCGCUGUGGCAUUUGCCCAUUGUGGGAAAAGAGAAAUGGAAUUACGAGACACGUCGAAUGGAGUUCCUGUUGAGGGCCGAGAAGGUAUACGAGGAGGGUUAUCGAAAAUUCCGUGCGGGAAUAUUCAGAAUUACUAGCGACAUGGAGUCAGAGACUGUGGUUGUCGGCCCAAAGUAUCUGCCGGAGCUCAGCAAGCUUCCCGAAUCCUCCCUCAGUGUUCUAGAUGCAAUUGAUGAGCUCAUGUCAGCGAAGUACACCAAGGUCAACGCCACUGCAGCAGUCAUUACCCAAACCCUGAAGACCCGGUUGACGCCACCCUUGGGAAAAUUAAGCGGGCACCUUGGCAGGGAGGUCAAAGCUGUCAUGGCAGCCGAGAUGCCGGAAUGCAGUGACUGGACCGAUAUGCACGUUCACCCUCACCUAGUGCGAGUCGUUGCAAGAGUCUCAGGCAGUAUAAUUGUCGGAACCCAGCUGAGUAGAUCCAACGAGUACAUUGAGCACGCCAUUAAUUACGCCCUGGAUGUGAUCAACGGUACCCAGGCAAUCCGUCGACUCAACGAUCGUGUCCGACAGGCUGGAGAGUUCUUCACGCCAGUUGUUGCGACGAGAAAAGAGAAAGCCAAAGAUCCAGCGUGGGAAAAACCUGACGAUCUGUUGCAGUGGCUCAUCGAUGUGCAAGAAGCCCAAUUUGGACAGAUCACCCCUCAAGCACUGGCCAAGUAUCAGUUGGACGUUGCUUUCGCAGCCAUUCACACGACCACUGCAGUAGCGCUAAGCACGUUUUACACUUUGGCAGUCAUGCCCGAGGCUCAGAUAGAGCUACGCGAAGAAAUUCGCAGCGUCUUGGCCGAGACUGGAGGCGAGUACAUUAACACAUCAGUCCAAAACAUGAAGAAGCUUGACAGCUUCAUAAGAGAGAGUGUCCGUUAUUAUCCAAUUGGUGCUGCGGUCUUUAUGCGCAAAACACUGAAGCCCAUAACUCUCUCUGACGGGACGAGAUUGCCGGAAGGUAUCGUCGUUCAAACCUCAGUGUCUGCCGCUUCAAAGGACUCGUCACUUUUUGAAGAACCUGAGAAGUUCGACUACUUGAGAUUCUACAGACAACGACAGAAUGGAGCUGCUGUCAAAGGAUCUGAAGCGGGCGGUAAGGGUCAAAUGGUGGGCGUGGGUUUAGAUAACCUCGUCUUUGGGUUUGGAAGACAUGCAUGUCCUGGCAGGUUCUUCGCGAUCAACGAAAUAAAGAUGAUCGUAGCCGAACUGUUGAUGAAAUAUGACGUAAAGAAUGUCGAAGGGGUUGAGGAAAGAUACCCGAAUCUUAUUCAUGGAGCUUUUUUCGACCCGGAUCCAAGCAGGCAUCUUUUGCUAAAGGAGAUCGCCCUGUAA